GGAAUAGAAUUGCGCUGGAAAUUUUUACCCUACCAUUGGAACAACCGACUCCGUAUUGGUCCCAUCCCAAUUAAUUGACCAAAAUCCAAAUUGGUAUGGUCAAUACUCAAUGGUGGUAUAUCUGUGCGUGCAAGUUCAAAUGAACUUUGAGCGCACUCAUCUAUGUUCAAUUUAGUGGAUAUAUAGUGUGUGUGUGUGUGUGUGUGUGAGAGAGAGAGAGAGAGAGAGAGAUGAGCAGCACGCCAGGUCCGCACUCGUUGGCCUUCCGGGUGAUGAGACUAUGCAGACCGGCGCUUCACGUUGAAACGCCUCUGCUGUUCGAUCCCUGCGAUCUCAUCGCCGGCGAGGACCUCUUCGACGACGACGUCGCCGCCGCACACCUUCCUCGUCUCCUCAGCACUCAGAACGUCAACACCAAAUCCAACGACUCAGAUCUCACUUACCGCGCCAGAUUCCUCCUCCAUGAUCCUUCCGACGCCAUGGGCCUCCCUGGCCUCCUCGUUCUCCCCCAAGCCUUCGGGGCAAUUCAUCUGGGGGAGACAUUUUGCAGCUACAUUAGUAUCAACAACAGUUCCAAUUUUGAAGUCAGGGACGUUAUAAUUAAGGCAGAAAUUCAAACAGAAAGACAGAGAAUAAUGCUUUUAGAUACAUCAAAAUCACCCGUUGAAUCAAUACGUGCAGGAGGACGUUAUGAUUUUAUUGUUGAACAUGAUGUGAAAGAACUUGGUGCACACACGCUGGUCUGCACUGCUUUGUAUAAUGAUGGGGAUGCUGAGCGUAAAUAUCUUCCGCAAUUCUUCAAGUUCAUCGUUUCGAAUCCACUUUCAGUCAGGACAAAGGUCCGCGCUGUCAAGGAAACUACAUUUUUGGAGGCUUGCAUUGAAAAUCAUACAAAAUCGAACCUUUAUAUGGACCAAGUUGAGUUUGAGCCAGCUCAGCAUUGGAGUGCAACAAUACUUAAAGCUGAUGAUCACCAUUCAGUGACUGAUAAGCCUAGAGAAAUAUUCAAGCCACCUGUUCUCAUCAAAUCUGGGGGAGGGAUUCACAACUAUCUCUAUCAGUUGAAGUUGUCUUCGCUUGGGUCUGCACAAAUGAAAGUUGAGGGAAGUAAUAUCCUCGGUAAACUUCAGAUAACAUGGCGCACAAAUUUGGGUGAACCUGGGCGGCUGCAGACACAGCAGAUUCUUGGUAGUCCCAUCACAAACAAAGAGAUUGAGUUGCAGGUGGUGGAGGCACCAUCUGUAAUCAUAUUGCAAAAGCCUUUCUUGGUACGCUUGAACCUUACAAACCAGACUGAUAGGAUAAUGGGCCCCUUUGAAGUUUGGUUAUCGCAAACUGAUUCACGUGAUGAGAAGGUCGUUAUGGUUAACGGGCUGCAGACAACUGCUUUACCACGGGUGGAGGCACUUGGCUCUACGGAAUUCCAGAUGAAUCUGAUUGCUACAGAAGUUGGGGUUCAAAAAAUUACUGGCAUAACAGUAUUUGACACAAGAGAGAAGAAAACUCAUGAACCUUUGCCAGAUUUGGAGAUAUUUGUUGAUUCGGACUGAUUUGUUGGCUAGUGUGACUAGAUUGCUCUGCUGAGGCUGAUUUGCUUCCUAUUCUGCCUGGGGAUCGAUCAUUCGUUGAGCGAUACAGGUCACAUGAUAUGCCCCGUCUAUUAUUAUGGGCUAUCAGUAGAUUAUGCUUGUCAGAGCCAGUGGAUUAUUGUUUCUUCACUUGACAGAUCUCUGCACCCAAAUACAACCGUGACUGGUGCUAACCCAAACCAGUCACCGAUCAUUUUCAUGAAACUGUCCUGGAAAGCAGAAAAAUGUCAUCCAAAUUAUACAAAACUACAUGAUAUUGUCUUAUAGGAUUCUUUUGCAUUCCAAUAAAUAGUUUUUGUGAUUGAUGGCAUCUUUGUUUCUAUUGCAUUAGCGUUUCUUAGGUUGAAUCAACCUCCAUCACAUGUUAAACUAUUGCUCGAAUGACUAUCCAUUUUGAAUAUGAAAUGGAAAUGUUCUUGUCCAUGCAUGAGCUCUCAGCAUUUGCAAUGCUUAUGUACAUCUAUUGGUGAAAAAGAUGAUUGUAAUCUUUGUUUCUAGUGUAAUUAUAACAAGAUUGUUUGUUUCAUGUCA